CCUUUAACUUAUGAUCUGCAUCAGCCAUUUGAGAACCUUCUGUUAGAGUAGAGACUUGACCUAGAAACUGCCCUCCAGGUGGCUGAAGAAGCGCCAAUGCAGCACCCGCUCUUCACAAGGCACCAUGCACAGCCCCGAGGGAAAGGAAAAUGAAAUCAUUUUGGUGUUCGAACAGGGUGCUUAAAUUCUGGUAGAGGGUAAUUUGUAACUAUAGGAGAUAAUGAAGUAAGCAGGAUGGGACUGAUUUCUGCCUGGGUAGAGAUCAGGAUAUGUGCUUGGGAUUCUCAUCAGUUCAGGUGUGAACCUGAGUGAGCUGCUUGGGGUGUGGCCAGAGUGUGGCAGGUGGCCAGAGGUCACAGGAAGGAGGCGGGCCUGGGCUCCGCUGCCCUCACUGUGUACCCAGGUGGGAGCCUUGGAAUGUGAGGGAAAGGUGAUGUGUGUUCCAGCUUUAGCAGAGUUCCUGGGGCCAGGAAAAUCAGGGCUGUCUUAUAAAAGUUCUGGGCGAGAUUGGGAUGAAGUUUAAACUAGAGCAGAGAUGGAAAUGGGAGGCCAGAUCAAGGGGUCUGAACGACAGGAAGCAUGGCGGGUGCUGCACAUUUUCGCCUUGAUGAGGAGGAGGAUGCUGAGGAACCGCUGCUGCUUGCUGAGCUCAAGCCCGGGCGCCCCCAUCAGUUUGAUUGGAAGUCGAGCUGUGAGACCUGGAGUGUCGCCUUCUCCCCAGAUGGUUCCUGGUUCGCUUGGUCUCAAGGACACUGCAUCGUCAAGCUGAUCCCCUGGCCGCUGGAGGAGCAGUUCAUCCCUAAAGGGUUUGAAGCCAAAAGCCGAAGCAGCAAAAAUGAUACAAAAGGACGAGGCAGCCCGAAGGAGAAGACUUUGGAUUGUGGGCAGAUUGUCUGGGGUUUGGCCUUUAGCCCGUGGCCUUCUCCACCUAGCAGGAAGCUUUGGGCACGCCACCAUCCCCAAGUGCCGGACAUCUCUUGCCUAAUCCUUGCUACAGGCCUCAAUGAUGGGCAGAUCAAGAUUUGGGAGGUGCAGACAGGGCUCCUGCUUUUGAAUCUUUCUGGCCACCAAGAUGUUGUGAGAGAUCUGAGCUUCACACCCAGUGGCAGUUUGAUUUUGGUCUCGGCAUCUCGGGAUAAGACUCUUCGCAUCUGGGACCUGAAUAAACAUGGUAAACAGAUUCAGGUGUUAUCGGGCCACCUGCAGUGGGUUUACUGCUGCUCCAUCUCCCCCGACUGCAGCAUGCUGUGCUCUGCAGCUGGAGAGAAGUCGGUGUUUCUAUGGAGCAUGCGAUCCUACACAUUAAUCCGGAAGCUAGAGGGCCACCAAAGCAGUGUUGUGUCUUGUGACUUCUCCCCUGACUCCGCCUUGCUUGUCACCGCUUCUUAUGAUACCAAUGUGAUCAUGUGGGACCCCUAUACUGGCGAGAGGCUGAGGUUACUCCACCACACGCAACUUGACCCCCCCAUGGAUGACAGCGACGUCCACAUUAGCUCCCUGAGAUCUGUGUGCUUCUCUCCUGAAGGCUUGUACCUCGCCACAGUGGCAGAUGACAGACUCCUCAGGAUCUGGGCCCUGGAACUGAAAACUCCAAUUGCAUUUGCUCCUAUGACCAAUGGUCUUUGCUGCACAUUUUUUCCACAUGGUGGAGUUAUUGCCACAGGGACAAGGGAUGGCCACGUCCAGUUCUGGACAGCUCCUCGGGUCCUGUCCUCACUGAAGCACUUAUGCCGAAAAGCCCUUCGAAGUUUCCUGACCACCUACCAAGUGCUAGCACUGCCGAUCCCCAAGAAAAUGAAAGAGUUCCUCACAUACAGGACUUUUUAAGCCACGCGCCAUAGUCUUGUUUUCUUGUAGCAAGAUAAGCCUUCCUGGCAGAGGAGUAGCUGGAACGAUGGGCCAAACGUCUGGUCUUGGAUUGAAAUAGAAUUUCUCUUUGAGAUAGUGAACAGAGUGUAGCAAAAGCAGAUUUUGGUGGACUAGUCAUCCGUUUCUCUCCGUGACCUGUGGGACUCAGCCACGGAGAGGAUUCCUCUUUCAUGGCAGCAGAGCCUCACCUGAAAUCCUCAGCCCACUUAGAGACGGCAGUAUCCAACGCUUUUCCAGGUCAUUUUGAUUCAGAGCGCAGUUACUCCUGUUGAUUUGAUAAGCAGAGUAACAAGGCCUUGAGAGCCUCUCUGUAGUGGCAGAUUAUUCCCUUGACUGGCAAGUACUGGCAAAGUAUGGCUUCUGCCUCAUACAUGUCACUAUCACAUCUAGGUGCAGUGGUGACAUUGUUUAAAGUUCUCUCCUGCUGUGUCAGAGUGGCUUUGAUGUUGGCAAGUGCUUUCCUUCCUCCAGCUCCCUCUGACCAGCAGGACCAAGUUUUCGUGGAGCCGUCUGCUGUGAGGUAUUAACUAAAUUACAGGUGACUCAGAGGCCGUACUCCUGACUGAUACACUAUAAAUGGCUUUUUUUUUUUUUUUUUUAUAAACAGUGGUGUGCAUGUGCAGGAGAUGACAAAUGUGUAUGUCCCAUUACACAAGGAUGUGUUCCUAAACUGCAUGACUGUUCAAAUGGCUACUGAGUUGUCAGUGGUUUGCCAUUUGUAGCAUAUUUAUUUGUAUUUUCUCAACAGAUGUUAAGGUACAACUGUGUUUUCCUCCGUGGUAUCUAAAAACCAUAGUUCUUAAGUCGAACAGUUGUGAAGAUGUCUCUUCUUCAUUGUGUAGAGAAUUGUUGUCACCCCUUUGGCUGAUUUUCACGUACGGUCUGACUUGCUGCUUCACCUCAGCAGACUAAUCAGCCAGUUUCAACUCUACCCCUUAACAAAAAUAGCUCCUUGAAAGUACUGUUCUCCUUCAGUGGUGUGUAGUUAUCGAUCAAGACACCUCAUUCAAAUGAAAUCUGCCUUUGGAAAAUUUAAUAUAUUUUAAAUUAUUUUAAAAGAAAUGCAACAUCUUAUCCUUUGGCUUUCUUACUAGGUGCUUUAUGAAGGCCAGUGUUAACAUUAUAAAACUUGUUGCAAAAGUACAAGAGUCUCCUCUACCACCUUUGUUGCUGAAGAAAAACAUUUCUUUUCAAGAUGAGAGGCUUUCAUUGAAGGAAAAGUUAAAAAGC